GCCAUAACCACUGCAUGCUUAGGUCUACUUUGUACUUUUGACCAUGGCGCCCCCAUCCGCUGCGUUUGCGUCUGCCUUUGACAAGGCGAAGAAGAAAAGGAAACGAAAGCCCCAAGCUGCUGAGGAUCCUGCAUCCAUUUCGAAAUCGAAAUCCAAUCAGAGCCAUGAUGAUGCUGUUACCCCAAAGCCAAAGAACAAAAACAAAAAGCAACGCCCGGCAAAGAAAUCUCCACAGAGUGCGACACAACCAAGUUCCAACAGAGAAAAUCGAUCACUAGAAAAUGAUAAUGACAAGAGCAGUAAUCAGACGACAAAAAAGAAAAAGCAGCGUCCCGCCAAAAAGCAGCGUCCUGCCAAAAAGCCACGGCUGACUCAAGAAGCUCUCGAUUUGAGUGCCAAACUCAAGGAAUGUUCCCAACACAAGAAUCUGAAGCAAGCUCUACAGCUUUACUGGAAUGCGGAUGACUCGACCGUUCGAGAUCAAUUCCAUGCCUGUAUUGCCAUGGACUGCUGUGCUCGCUGUGGGGCAUUUGGUGAAAUGGAAAAAAUCUUUGACUCCAUCCAAAAUAAUAACAACAACAACCAGGGCGCUCCGAUAGUACGAGUGGAGACCAUGACGACUGCUAUCAAGGGAUACUCGUUGGCAGGAGAUUUGAUCAAGGCGACGCAAUUGUUCGAAUCCAUGUUGACGGCCAAAUCCAAUGCCUCCAAACCCAAUGUACGAACACUGAAUACUCUACUGAGAGGAUGUCUCUGGACGGCGGCCACCAUGAAUGACAAAGAUCAGACAAUCUGCGGAGGUGUUGUGACCAGUGAGACCAUGUGGCGAAAGUAUUGCCAGGAUCAUUCCGACUCGUUGGAUGUAUCUUCCUACGAAUACUCCAUAUCUCUAUUGUGUCAAAAUUUGCAAACGGAAGAAGCCACACAACGAAUCGACCAAUGCAUCCAGCAAUUUCCAGAUGCGUUGGAAACCCACGCAGCAAUCUAUUCCUCCUUGGCUCUGGCCAAGGCCCUUCUGGGUGACAAGGAUGGCGCCUUGGAGGCCUGUCGAAUGGCAAACAGCGCCGUUCAAAACGGUCACAGCAAUCCACAGAGCUGGAAAGGGGACUGCAGUGAGAGUCGGGCUACUUCCAAUACUCUGUUUCGAAAGCACCGUCUUUCGGAAAUGGAACUGCAUCUGCAAGCCAUUCAAGAGACAUGCCGCUCGAAAGAGUUUCCUCCGGACGAGGAUGCUCUUGCCAAACGAAUCAUGAAUGGUUUGUUUUACUUUUCGGGUGGAGGUGUCACCAAGGCGGACGAAAAUGACAACCAACUGCAAGAGGACGGCGGACGACUUUUGCGGCGCCAAGUGGUGAAUUCUUCGUGGCUGAGUUUUGGUCUCAAGGCUGCCUUGAAGAAGGACGCAGUUUCCUCUACCGAUUUUCUACGUGUCAAAGAAUCAGAGCGAUUGUAUCGCAAACUAAAAGACAAGAAAGAUGGCAUGGUGAUUCAGGAUGAUGGUGCGAUGAGGCAUGUUGACAAUAAGAACGACAGUAGACCAGUGAUUGAUGUAGAACUUGGAUCGGGCCAUGGUGACUGGAUUGUUCAUCAAGCCCAUGCCUUUCCAGAUCGCUAUCAUUUGGCCUGUGAAAUGCGAGCGGAUCGAGUGCAUCAGAUCUUUGCCAAAGGCAUGUUAGGACGGCUGACCAACCUGGCCGUUGUUGGGGAUGACUCCAAAAGCUUUCUGGAAAGGCUGCAGCCAAAAUCCAUCUCUACCGUAUUUGUCAAUCAUCCCGAGCCACCCACACAAGUCCAAGGCAAGUCUCAUGAGGACCUGCAAGCCAUCAUGGACAACGGUCUCGAACCUGCACACAUGCUGAGCAGUGAAACCCUCCUUGCGGCAGCAAAGUGCCUGCAAGAUGCACCGUCAUCUCGAAUGGUCAUUGUGACAGACAAUCCAAACUACGGACGCUUGCUCUGUGCUACCGUGGUGCGAAUCAAUCGCCAGGCAUCCAAUUCAGUAAAGCUUGAAUCAGUGGAUCCAGGAGGCCUUCGAACGGUAGAAACAGUGGACAAGAUACAGCUUUUGGGGGGACAGCCGUCAUCACGGAUUGGACACGCCGAGGCUGGGAAGAAAGGAAAGGGAUCCAGCUACUUUGACCGGCUCUGGCGAACCGGUGCUGGUGCCCAUGCCUCACGGAGUGAACGAUACAUUCUGGUUUUGCAAGUCGCUAGCUAGAGAGAUAGAUGGACCAUGAAUGCAUGGCUCCGUAAACCAUUAGCGUUAGCUAUCUGGGCCGUUCUUGCGUCAACAAUUAUUGGGCAUAAAAUAGCCAAAUGGUUGAUAUCACCGCGACCUUUGGAGCUGCGCCGUCUGUUAUGCAGACGUCUUUGCCCAUGGCAGGUUCUCCCUUCGUUUUAGUCAAGGGGCGGUUCGUCAAAGGCUAUUCGUUUCACUUUUGGAUUUUAAAAUAGCCAGCGGAUAGCGAUUCGAUUCGAAUGAUCAAUCAUUCCUGAUUUCGCAAUGGGCACCUCCGACACAAACAUCGAAGAUCCAUUAUUGCAGGCAGGCCGAAUACUUACAAGAACUCACGUCAGCCUUUCAUCCAACCAUGAUGCUUCUUCACACCUCUGUCGUCGCCUUUCUUGACUUGUCUGUGCCAAAGCUUUGAUGUUUUGGCCUCCCAUGGCUGUCGUUCGUCCUUCUACCAAGCCCAUCAAGUCUGCUCUCCCCGAGGUGGAUGUGGAUUGCACGCUAAAUCCAGAGUGUGAUGACGCCAACGAAGAGUUCUCAGCAGCAACCCGGAACGAUCCAAAACCUCCUUGUCGCUACGGUCUAUUUUAACUUCGAUUUUUUGUGAGGGGGUAACCAUCACUUCCACACAGGCUACACAUCUGCAUCGAAGAAUUUCGAACCCGGAUAACUGAAUAUGAGGCAGCUAGAUCUAAUGAAAACGAACAAUCCAAUAAAAGAGUACACGUGCAGUCUUUUGAAACCCAAACU